CAUAGCCAGGUUACUAAAGCAUCUCCCACGGUCGCCAUGUCGGCUCCCGAUUUGUUCAGCGAGGGAAAUGAUGCGUUUGUAGAUGAAAACUACGAGCUUGCGAUUCAGAAAUACUCUGCUGCUAUUGAACAAAAUGCAUUCAACCCUGAGUACUACAUCAAAAGAGCAGCUGCACAAAUAAAGCUUGCUAACUACAAGGAUGCCUGUACUGAUGCAUCUGUUGCUGUGGAUUUAGACCCUAAAAACUACAAAGCUCAUUUAAGAAAAGGAAUUGCUUAUUUUCAUGCACAAGACUUCAAAGCUGCCAAAGAGUCAUUAGAGAAAGGCUUGGAGUGUGAGAAUGACAACAAAGAUUUGAAGAGCUGGUUGGAAAAAUGCAAGUCAAAGUUACCUGCUGAUGUUUCUUCAGAAGCCCAACCAACCCCAUCUAUAAGAGAUGAAAAUGAAAGCAAGCCUCAUGUUCCUGUACAGAUCCCCAUGCCAGCACCAGCAAAGGCAAAGUAUGACUGGUACCAGACCGAGACGCAUGUUGUGGUGUCUGUGAUGAUCAAGAAUAGUAAACAGGAAGAUGUUUACAUAGAGUAUGGGGAUCAACAUUUAAGCGUGACAGUCAGGCUUCCUAGUGGCAAUGACUACAGUCUGGAGUUGGACCUCGCCCACCCAGUCUCACCUAGUCAGUGCAAGACCAAGAUUCUGUCCACCAAGAUUGAGCUGAAGAUUAAGAAACUGGAAGCAAUUCGCUGGUCGUCGCUGGAGACUGACCAUAAUGUGACAAAACCAGCUGUCAAAUUCCCCCAACAGAACGCAACCGCUGACCCGCACCAGUACCCCUCGUCUAGGCAUGUCGUGAAGGACUGGGACAAGCUAGCAGCGGAAGUAGCCAAAGAAGACGAAGCCGAGAAGCAAGAAGGCGAGGCGGCUCUUAAUCAGCUCUUUCAGAAGAUUUACGGGGAGGGUAGUGACGAAGUUAAACAGGCCAUGAAUAAGUCAUUUAUCGAGUCCGGGGGAACUGUGUUAAGCACGAACUGGGCCGAGGUAGGGAAGGAAAAGGUUGAGGUCAAGCCACCGGACGGAAUGGAAUGGAAGGAAUGGGAACACUAACGGAUCAGCACGGAUUUACUGUGAAAUGCAAUGGUGCGAGGUCUUGCUUGUGGGCAAAGAAAACUGUAGUAUCAAUGAUUUAAACAUUGAUUCAUGUUUUCCGUCGCUGUUGCUAGAAGGAAAACAGAUUGCCAAAAUCAGAUCCAUUCUUUGUAUUUUCCCGUGAUAGCUUUGUCAAGACAUUUUUAUUCCAUAAAAUCAACAUAGAGGAUGUUGAAUAUUAGUAUCGCUUAUAUUGUGGCUUAUAGGAAAAAGAAAUAACAUUUGCAUUAAAACGUUUAACGUUUGAAA